AUGGGAUCUCUUGAUUUGUGGGACCGGGCCUUCGUCAAGCAUCAGGUGGCAACUAUAGGAGACCAAAAGCUCGCUGGGCGACUUUAUGUCGCAGCCGCACAAGGAGAAGCUAGGGAGUUCUUCGGUGUCAAGGACCCCGAAAUGGAGAUCCCUCUGGUAUAUAGUUAUAAGGCUCCUAGAUUGGGGUCGCGCAGGUAA